AUGCAAGUUGGAGAAGGUGGAAAAAAGUAUGGUUUACAAUUACCUACUAAAUUGAAAAGUGCAUUCAAAGAUGAUAGUGAUGAUGAUCACUUGGAGGAUGACGAUACAUCAGAACAACAAAAGAAACAACCAACAGAUUAUCUAAAACAACAGAGAGAUGCAAAAACAAAGAUUGAAAAACUACAUAAUGCAGCGUUGGAAGAGGAUUCUACUGUGUUUGAUUACGAUGGUGUUUACGAUCAGAUGAAGAAACAAGAGAAACAGACCGCUAGAAAACAACAGCAAUCAAUGAUCACCGGUAAACCAAAGUACAUUCAGAAUCUAAUGGCCGAAGCAGACCGAAAGAAACGUGAGAAUGAACGAGUCAAAGAUAGAAUCAUUCAGAAGGAGCGUGAAGCAGAGGGUGAUCUCUACAAGGAUAAAGAGGUGUUUCUGACGUCAGGCUACAAAAAGAAACUAGAGGAACGAAAACGACAAGAAGAGAUAGAUCGACAAGCGGAACUAUCACAUGAUGUUACAAAAAAGAAAGAUCUAUCUGAUUUUCAUAGGAAUUUAUAUAAUACAAUUGUAGAUAAUAAUGAUGAUAAUAGUAGUAAUCAAGAAAAUAUUAACAACAACAAUAAUAAUAGUAGUAAAAAUAAUGAAAAAGAAUAUAAUAACAACAAUAAUAAAAGAAAACAACAUUACUACGCACCAGUGAUAGAAAGAAAAGAAACAGUUAAAGAAGUUAUUAAACAAUAUCCAAGAAGAAAUGACGAGGAUUCAAUCAAUGCAGCAAGAGAAAGAUAUUUACAAAGAAAAUUAAAUAGAAAUAAAUGA